AUGAAGACGUCUCAGAUCCUCGCCGCCUUCGGCUUCACCACCCUGGCCAUGGCCCAGAGCGAGAGCCUGGCGCCCUCCCCCACCGAGUCUUUUGGCUGCGAGCCUCAUAUUGAUCAUUGGCACUGCGAGGGUGCUCGCCCGACUGCCGCGAUAACAUCCACCGUUAUGAUCGCCAGCAGUUUCCUGUCUACUCCCAGUGCCAGCGCCACCGUUACGAAAGACCACGACCACGAUGACGAUGACCACGACCACGACCACUCGGGCACAGGCAGCUACACUCUGGCCCCCUCUCCCACCGAGUCUUUUGGCUGCGAGGCACACAUUGACCACUGGCACUGCGAGGGCCCCGUCACCGCCGCCAGCGGAUCACCCACCACCGCCGUCGAGGCGACUCUCACCUCUUCGCCUACCACCAACGGCGCCGCCACCACCGCCAGCGGCGAGGGCGCUGCUGCGACGUCGACUGCUCUCCCGGCCGGUGCGGCCCGCGCCGGCUUCGGCGCUGCCGCCGUCGCUGCCGUCGCCGCUCUCGUUGUCUUUUGA